AUGAAGACCUCCCUCGUCCUUCUCGCUACUGUCACCUCUGUCCUUGCCCAACAGGUGCCCGACAACCUCGAUCCCUGCGUCAAGAACUGUAUCGCCGAGGCUGCCCGCGAGGUCCACUGCGGUCAGCAAGACCUCGCCUGUCUCUGCCGCGCCGCCCAGAACCCUCGUGACGACGACGCCAUUGAUGAGUUCCGCGACUGCGUUGAGGACCACGGCGACUGGUACAGCAACCGCCAUGGUGCGACUGGCGGUGCUGGACAGUCCCCGACGCCGUCUGGUGGCAAUGCCGGCGCCGCCGCCGGCUCCCCCACCCCUGUUGGCUCCGCCGCGGGCCAGGCGUCUUCGGGCGUCGCUGCUGCGGGCGCUGCGGGCGCAAACGACAACUCUGGCGCUAGUGCCGUUACUGCGUCGUCCGCCCUGAUCAUCGGCGCCAUCGGUCUCGCGCUGGUCUGA